UUUGCCGUCGGCUGGGUUUAUGGAGAGCAGAUGUGUGAAUCAUCUAAAGUUCAUCCGCUGCUCAAGCCCUACAAAUGUCUGUCUGAGAAGGAUAAGGAGGUGUACCGCUGGCCAAUCAGAGAUAGUCUGAAGACGAUGCUGUCGUGGGGCUGGAGCAUCGAGCGGAUGAGAGAGAGCGACGCGUCCACGUUACACAACCGCACGCGCCGGAUCUCUCUGUCUAGUCAGCGCUCCAUAGAGGGCGCUCACGGUUUCAGCCCGCGGCCCGUCGACAUGAGCAACGUGACGCUGUCCAGAGACCUGCAUACGAUGGCGGAGCUGCUGGCCGAGAACUAUCACAACAUUUGGGCUCAGAAGAAAAAACUGGAGCUGGAAUCCAAAG